AAUAUUCCGCGAGAUUUGAAUCCUCAAGACAGAAGAAUGCGUUGAAAAAACACCCGCACGUUGUUCAUUUGCUUGCGGUUUAAGCCGCCGUUAUACUCCAUAGAAGAAACAAAUGAAAACUGUUGGGGCUGCUUUCCAACAUGGCGGACACUGAUUUCCGCGCACCGAGCAGGAUUGGAUGACAGUAGUUGAGUGCAGGACUCUGGGUUUAGCACGAACAGAGGAAGAAACAAGCGUCGUCGACAAAAAGACGAAGUGCUGCGCCUUUGUAGCUAUAUCCUGCUUAAAUUGGCAAACUAAGCAAGGACAGAAAGGGGUGUACUCACGACGAGCUCCACUCAUCCAUUACUCUUGGUCUUGACACUUGGAAGGCAUGGCGUCUCGGAAGAUGGCUGACUUCCGCCUACCGCGUUCAUCCAGAUUAGUCCAGAAGGCACAGUUAAUUUACAAGCUGUAUUUGCUGGAAAACGCUCGAGAAAACCUGGAGCAAGAACUUCGGGACUUCGUUGACAAGGCAUAUGAAGAGGUGCAUGGUGUCCUCAACUCAAAUGUCCCAACCAGCGCGACAGGAGAUGUCACUGCGGCUCUGGACAAAAAGUACAAAGCAAUUGUGAAGCUCUCAGCUUCAUUAAAGAACCAUAAAGCUGAGCACCAAACAUUCACUGGGGUGAGCUUCAACUACUUUCAGCCACUGAGAGCCGCCCUGUCCCAGCAGCAGCUUAAGCUUUCCCUCCACUCCCUGCAGCCUUCAGUGCAGCAACAUGGCAGCGCUCAGACUGCAAGCUCCUCCAUUUCAAAGCCAAACCAAAAGGCUGUUUCCGAAGACAAGAACCAAGAAGUCUCCACGCACAUCCUACCUGCCGUUAUUCAGAGCAAUGUGAUCAAUGAAGAGGAGUCAAAAGUGCUUCUACCGUCCUUCCAGGACGGGUUCCCGGCGAUAUCAGAGUGCCGCUCUAAGUUUCAAGUAUUGUGGGGCGAUAGCAGCGAUUUCCAGGUGCCAUACCAAACGCCAACUUCCUCCCAGCUGCUGUGCUUUCUUAAAGUGAAAGCUGAGACCGAAUGUUCACUUGAGGACACCUUUUCAGGGUCUACGAAAAGCAAACGCAAGGCAGACAAUUCAGAUGCUCCACCGGGAACGUCACCUGACGUCAACACAAAAAGCUACCGUCUCACACAUGUUGUGACAGAGGAUCAAGCCCCUAAAAUGUUGCCUGCCAACACUAACCAAGCUCCUGUUUUCAGACCAAAAAGAGUCCGCUCUGGAUCUUUGAUCUACAGUUUCGUCAUCGCCUCAGAAACUGAACUAUGGGAUGUAGGAGACAUCCUUAUAGAAGUUUUGAUGCAGGAAUCUCCACACGGCAGUCCUUCGGAAAGGGAAAAACACCAAGAUGCUUUGGCUCAAGUGGAGAACGCUUCCGUAUUUACAGAAUUAAAAUCAGACGCUCUACGGUGCACACAACCGGGACUCAAGAACAGCUUCGGUCAUUCAGAUAGGCUGGCAGCCAAUCAUGUAAACAUUCCCCAAUUCGAGAUCAGGAAGUUUGAGGAGGCUGAAGUUUUGGUGUCUCACGUCUUCAGUCCCACCAACUUCUACAUCCAAAACAUCGGCUCCUCUGAGAAACUAGAGCCUCUUUUCAGGGACCUUAAAGCCAGUGAUAUAUGCGCUGAGCAGAACUACAUUCCAGACAUUGGGGCUCAGGUCAUCUGCUGGCUUCCCCAAAAGGAACAGUGGUGUAGAGCUGAGGUGGUGAGGAUUUCUGGAGUGAGUAGAGGAGAUAAUAACGCUAGUGAUGGGGCUGGGAGAGAGUCGUCCAUAAACGUGGAGGUGAGAAGGUUGGACCACGGCGACAGUUCCUGCGUGUCACUCUCUAAUAUUAGGGAGCUCACCCCAGAAAUAGCAGCGCUGCCACUUCAGGCUCUGCAGGUUUCUCUGGCUCAUGUGACCCCCGUUAAUGGUGGGGAUUGGACUGAGGAGGCGGUGGCUUGGUUCAAAGCGAUGGUACAUGAUAGGGCACUCUAUGCCAGGCUUUACCCACAGGGGCCCACAGUUACAGCCGAGCUGUUCCUGGAAAAGGGCAAACUUGGAGCUAUGAGGAGGGGAGCGUCUCUUUCUUUGAGAUUAGCCCAAAAUGGACAUGCACACCACAGCAAACUGAAGAACCACUGUCUUGUGAAAAAGAGUGCUGUUCAACUUAAGAUGAGGGAACAGGAGUCUAAAUGGGAAAAAUAUCUCCUCUCGUGCUACUCUCAAAGUAAACUCUGCUCGCUGAAAUGACAGAGUUUCUAUAGGCAACUUGUGAAGGGGAACGCAAGCCUGCCAUGUAGCUGAAGAGGCUUUUAAUACACAUAGUCUGUAACUUUUAACUAUUGUUUGGCCUGCUGUGUACAAAUUUACAGAGACUUUUCGAAAGGUCUUCUAAGACAGCUGUCUCAUGGUUCAGUAUUUGGUUUUAUGUUUAAGUCAGUAGCAUUGUUGAUCUUUAGUGUCUGAAUGUGAGCCAUCCCCACCUGUGUGUAUUAUUACAUAAAAAUUAAUCAAUAACAUGUUAUAUUAA